CAGGUGGUGCCCUCCCUUCCGCCCUCAUCUAAGGCAACUGCCCGGCGUCCUCCGCUCGCACAGGCACGGGUGGCUCUGAGGGAGAGCCAGGAGCUCAAGAACCGAUGGAGGUGAGGUGAAAUGGGCAGGAGGCCCCUGCAAAUGCAGCCGGGGCCGGGGGGGGGGCGGCAGUUGCUGGGGCCAGAGAGAGGCCAUCCAAGACAAACAAGGGAGACAGAGUUGGGCAGAGACUGGGCAGAGCCGGAGAGGCAGGGACAGGGGCAGAAGUGGCACCUGAGACCUGGCACCACAGCAAACCCGGGGAGCCUCUGCAGAGAGCAAGACCGACUCCCGAGGGACUUGAGGGCAAAGGAGCGUCCAGGGUGCCACCGAGGUGGAGGAGGUGAAGGUGGCCAGGAGCGGGGCACACAUGCUGGGCAGAGCUGGGAAUGGAGGCUCUCAGUUCCUCACUCAGCAACUUCCUCUUCUAAGAAGACCCGAAGGGGCUGAGACGGUGGGGGUGGGGCGGGCAGGGGGAGGGACGAAGACCUUGGCGCCCUUGGACGUUUGUCUGAGGCACCCUGGAAUCUGGGAGGACCGUGCGGCUUCGGGGACGGGGCUGAGGAUGCCGAGCAGGAGGGCCUGGCUGCAGACCCAGAUGCCUCCGACGCCAGAGCAGCCCUCCGGGCCCAUGGAGGAGCCCCUGGCAUUGGCAGCCUCCUCAUGGCCCCCGCUGCCCUGUGGGCCCUGCGUCCCCAUCAUGCUGGUCCUGGCCGCCCUGGCCGCCGUCUUCCUCCUGACCACAGCCGUGUUGGCCGAACGCCUGUUCCGCCGCUCCCUCCGCCCAGACCCGGGGACCCUCGCGCCCACCCUGGUUUGGCGCCCGGGGGGAGAACUGUGGAUCGAACCCACAGGCACCCCCCGAGAGCGCUCAGAGGACUGGUAUGGCUCCUCAGUCCCCCUGCUGAUGGACCGAGUCCCGGACCCACCCACCUUGGGGGGCACCUUGGAGGCACGAGCUACAGCCCCACCUGCCCCCAACUCCCCUCGCAACUCCUUGGUCCCCCAGACCCCGCCCCAGGCCCCAGCCCGCAGCACCUUCUGGAGGCCCCAGGUCUGGGAAGAGAGGCCCCACGCCCCAGGCCUGGUGAGCUGGGCCGAGCCCGAACAGAGGCCAGAGGCCAGUGGGUACCUGGGGAGCCCCCAGGCCCGGAGGCAGCGGCCAGGAAGCCCUGAUCCCGAGUGGGGCCUCCAGCCUCGGGUCACCCUGGAGCAGAUCUCAGCUUUCUGGAGGCGUGAAGGCCGGACCAGCGUGGGGUUUUGACCCCCAGGGCCUGGAGGACUGGCCCCCAGAGGCCCCUGAGACUUCUGAGAGCCCGAGCCCACACCUGAGGGCAUCCCCACCCCAGGCAAAAAUGCCUCUCCCAGGCUGUUUACUUUGGGGGUUUCAGUUCCUUUGGAUCUGGGCCUGAGCAGCCUGGGUGUGGAUGGAGCCUGUGCUGCAGAGAAGCUUGGAGUGGCCUUUGCUCAGCUGCCAAGGGCUGCGGCACAGAAAACUGGACUUGGGGCCAGCUCUGGGCCUGAAGCUGCCAAAAUCACAUUCCGAAUUAAGAACUCAAGGUACCAGACAGGCAGGAAAUAGCACAUCCACCCUCCUUCAGCAGGCACCUAAGAUGCCCGCGUUGUGAAGGGUCCCGUGGAUGCUGAAGAAACGUCGAGUGUGGCAAUGACGGGUGUCAGCCUUGCUAGCAGGAGAUGACAGAUAUUCAGCUUCCCAGAGCCACGCCGCCCCUCCAGAACAACACCGACAGAGAGCUCAAGACCAGGCAAGAGAGCAUCUUAUUACAGCCAAACCGUGGCUUUCACCCCCACCCUGCAGAAAGAGGUCCCCUCUCUCUCUUUUUACCCCCUUUUUAGAGCUGCACCUGCGGCCGAUUAGGGGUGCAAUCGGAGCUGUAGCUG